GGAUGUGACUUGUCUCUAUUCCCUCACUCUGCUGUGAAGGAAGGCAGCUGUAGGACCACUGCACAGGAACAUUAAGGAAGGAAUAAUUACUGAAGGACCUCAAGGAUUAGACAAGCUCCAGUAUCCUGUGAAGUUCCUAACGGGUUCUCCUAGUAUCCUUUGCCUCUCUGCCCUACUCCCGGAAAUGAGCGAGUCAGUGAGCCUAAAGGAGUGAGUCAGAGGAUUCCCCGCCUUACUCACCAUGAAGAUUCACUUAUUCUGUCUGGUCUGGGCCGUGGCAGUGGCCCGGGCCGUGGAGGCGGUGGUCACGGAGGAGGCGCUGGCUACCACAGUGGAAGACACCAAGCAUGUUCCGGCGACAAACACGAAAGUAGUUAGCGAGGGUCUGGCCACGAUCAAGGAAAGCAAGGUUGAGAAGAGAAAAGCUGACCAGGGCAACAUCCCACCACCCCCCCUGUACCAGCUACCCUUAGAGUCCCCAGGGGCAGCGCCGGGAGGAUCCUACUCCACUCCUACGCAGAGUCUCCCGUCCAUCGGCGCCUCCUACACGCCUCCCUCAGGGGACAGCGGAUUCUUCAUCACUUUCGGCCCUGGUGAUGCUAUUCAGUCCUCACACGGUGCAGGGAGUGGCGUAGGAUCUCUCGGGAUAUCCUACGGCGGUGGAGGUGGUGGUGGUGGUGGUGGUGGUGGUGGAUAUGAUAUUCCUAGCUCAUCCUACGGCGCUCCUGACGUCCCUAGCUCAUCCUACGGCGCUCCUGACGUCCCUAGCUCAUCCUACGGCGUUCCUGAUGUUCCUAGUUCAUCCUACGGCGCCCCUCCUAGUUCAUCCUACGCUACCCCUGACGUCCCUAGUUCAUCCUAUAGCGCUCCUGAUGUUCCUAGUUCAUCAUACGGCGCUCCUGACGUCCCUAGUUCAUCCUACGGCGCUCCUGAUGUUCCUAGUUCAUCCUACGGCGCCCCUCCUAGCUCAUCCUACGGUCCUCCACCUCCUAGCUCAUCCUACGGCGCCCCUCCCUCCAGUUCUUAUAGUGGAGGUAAUUCUCUCUCCUCCAAUUUUGAGGGAGGAGGAGGAUAUGGUGGCGGAGGAGGAAUAGGUGGAGGAGGAGGAUAUGGUGGCGGAAAUGUCCUUGCUGUAAAUUAUGUCCUCCUCCUCUUCCACUUCCUCUUCCUCCUCGCUGGCGGGGACUGCAGCUCCCCUUUAAGACGCGUCGAGACAACACAGCGCCGCCCACUGCACCUGCCGCCCGCGCCCAUGGUACCUGCAAUGUCCCUACCACUUCCCUAUUCUCCCACUCCACCACUUCACUCCAUUUCUCUCCACUCCACCCACUACAUUUGCCAUCCUCUCCUAUAA